AGUGCAAGAGUGCAAGGCCGCCUGGGGAUCAGCUCGUUACGCGUGUUAGCGAUUGCCUGGAGCUCCCCCCAGCCUGGCCACAGCGCAAGCAACGAACGUCAAGCAGCUUGCCGCGUUUCCUCCUGCUGAAGUGCUGCCAACAAACAACACCAUUGCGACAGCUGCGGCACAUCAACUCAAGACCGCUUCCAACCCUACUAUACCAAAACUUUCGGGCCAUCCCGUCAUUCGUUCGUUCCACGCCGUCCAUCAUGUCGAGACGAUACGAUUCCCGAACAACCAUCUUCUCGCCCGACGGCCGCUUGUACCAGGUUGAGUAUGCGCUAGAAGCCAUCUCCCAUGCCGGCACUGCGAUUGGCAUCCUGGCCAAGGACGGCAUCGUGCUCGCCGCAGAACGCAAGGUCACGUCGAAGCUGCUGGAGCAAGAUACAUCAGCCGAGAAGCUCUACAUUCUCAAUGACAACAUGAUCUGUGCCGUCGCCGGCAUGACGGCCGACGCCAACAUCCUCAUCAACUACGCGCGGCAGGCCGCCCAGCGGUAUCUGCUGACCUACAACGAAGACAUUCCCUGCGAGCAGCUGGUGCGCCGGCUCUGCGACCUCAAGCAGGGCUACACGCAGCACGGCGGUCUGCGUCCGUUCGGUGUCUCGUUCAUCUACGCCGGCUGGGACCCGCAGCGCCAGUUCCAGCUGUACCUCAGCAACCCGUCGGGCAACUAUGGCGGAUGGAAGGCGACGAGCUCGGGCGCCAACCACGCCAGCGCGCAGAGCUUGCUGAAGCAGGAUUACAAGGAGGACUGCACGCUGAAGGAGGCGUGCGGCAUGGCGGUCAAGGUGCUCAGCAAGACGAUGGACUCGACGAAGCUGAGCAGCGAAAAGAUCGAGUUUGCCACGGUGGGCCAGACGAAGGAGGGCAAGAUCUACCACAAGCUAUGGUCGGCGGAGGAGAUUACGGCGUUACUGAAGGAGCACGAUCUAGCCAAGGACGAUGCAACAGAGGAGAAGUAGACUACCGCGCGAUAGAACGGAAUCGGAGAGGACGGACCAUGGACCUGCCCCGCGAGCGCCGUGCGUAGUAUGAGUGGCUGGUGCAUUGUGUUGGGCGACCCGACCUCUCCUC